AUGGCAGAAAGCAAGCGUAUGGCAAUGAAAAACGUAGUAACUGAUGCAGAUCAGGCCAUCCUCGAAGAAAAAUAUGAGUUCAUCCCCGGAAAGAAGAAACAAACAUCAUGGCAGGAUCGAAUGGUAGAAAGGUAUCAAAGUGGCCUCUACAAGGAAUAUGCACUCGCAGAUCUGAGUCGGCCUGGAAAAGUUGGCCUACGAUGGCGAACCAAGAAAGAAGUUCUCGAAGGAAUAGGCGAAAGGACCUGUGGCAACAAGGCAUGCAUGAACACAGAUCUGUUGAUUACCCUUCGUGUCCCCUUUGCUUACAUUGAACAAGGAGUCUCAAAGAUGGACAUGGUCAAACUCCGGCUAUGUCCCAAAUGUGAGCCGUUUGUAACCAAAAAAAAAUCGAGGAGAGUACCCCAAUCAAUUUCCAAGAAAACUGAAAGUGAAAAAGACGAGGACAAGCAAAUCACAAUGAAAGACACACAUAGUGAUGAUUCGAAUAAGGAGCAAGAAUCAUCUACAAAAUCAGAAGAGGAUAGUUCAAGUGAAAGAUUUCCUAGCAAAGAUAAAGGGGAAAGGAAGAGAUAUGAUGAUGAAGAUGAUGAAGAUAAAAGGAGGAGCAGAAAACGAAAGAAAAGAAGCCAUAGGUCGAGCGACUCUAGUAGAAAGUCCCAUGACAGAAGAUGA